ACUUCGACCAUCAGCUCGCAUUACCCUAAAUCAUCCCGUAGCCUUUCCUCGCCGACUGCAGAGACUGAAGUUAGGUCGAUACCCACGACGCUAGCCUAACGGGACGGCUCAGAACAUGUCUGCCUUAUUCAACUUUCAAUCUCUUCUGCUCGUCAUUCUGUUGAUGAUAUGCACAUGCACCUACAUUCGCGCUGUUGCUCCGCGUUUGAUUGAUAGGAACAAGGAAGGAUUCCUCGGGCUUUUAUGGAUGUCGGCGCGAAUUGGGGAGCGUCUAUCGCCUUAUGUUGCACUCGCGUGCAUAGCAAUGGCAGUUACAAUAACCAUUCAAUAACUUGGAUUUACAAUUGGAACCGGAGGCAUCUCACGAGCACGUUGCGUAUACCCGGCUAGACUGUCUAUCAUCAUGCCCGACAAAUAUGCGCAGGCCCCACCUCGUCGUACAUCGCGUUCUGAGAGGCUGCCGCUGGGACGUACAGAUAAGUUGAUAGGUCGAGCUGGAAAAGGACAUUCCUGCGUGCGUUCUUCUAACUAUAUAUCAACUCUAUCGCGGCGUUAUGGGAAUCCGGAGUUGUCCCGAGCGUCGGAGCAGGACGUUGGAGGAUAUGCUCAUGCCG